CAUGUCAAGCUAUAAAAAAUGUUGAUGAGGCUGGUUGAUUGAUCUUCCCAUGUUGAUUGUUGACAGAAUUCAUUUGCGUCAUACACAGAUAUGCUUAACUUACGUUAUUUUUUCUCUGGCAAGCGUGUUAAGAUUAAUCACUCCUAUGCCUGCCUUAUUAGCCUGGCAUGGCUGAUGACUGUUCUGCCUUCUUCUGUGUAUGGAGUUUGCCAGAGUUCCACUCCUAAGGGAGACAACAACAACUUACUGACAGUAAUGGGAGUCCGGGCUGAUCACACCGUAUCUGCAAACCUCAAUACAAAAAUACAAUAUCAGUUUGUAUCUCCAGAAUAUAGUUAUCUUUGGACAACAGCAUUGGUAACGCCCUUACCAUCAUGGCUGAGGUACAAUUCAUCCUCUACCACUGUGUACGGUACUCCAGUGGAGACGGGUGUUACCAUGGUUAGGCUUGACCUUACACAUCCUAGGAUGACCAAUACCUGUAACAGUAGCAUAGCUUCUGACCUCACCAUUGUUGUCCAAGAUGCCGUAGUGACCAGUCCAGUUCCUACAGAUAAAUGUUCCGGUGCUGCUCCAUUGCUUGAAACACCUGUCGACCAGCUCAAGGUUCAAGUAGGACGUCCAUUCCUGUACAGUGUCUGUGACACUUUCAAGAGCACAGGUAACUCAGAUCUUGCUCUGAUGUUGACCUUACCGUAUGGGAAGGAUGUUCCUCAUAAUUUUUGGCUUCAGAUGGAUGAAUCAUCAAAACUUCUGUAUGGUUUACCGUUUACAGCAGAUACCAUGGUAACUGAUAGUGUUACUUUAGUUGCUAUGGAUACAUGUGGUCAGAAGUCCAGAGAUGCAAUUCACCUUGACAUUGAACCAUUACCAGAGGUCACCCACAUAAUGACCUUAACUGUAACUCCGGCAACAAUGAGCAAGGGUAGUGAUGAAUCUGUGAUGUUACAGGUACUUGUUGUUUCUAAGCUUGAUACCUGGUUCAGGAGCAUACAUGUGGAGGCUGAUAUUUAUGUAGUAGGUGUUGAGUGGAAGGGAGACCAACUGGUUGUGCAGUUCACACUGUCUGAUUCCUCCAUCAGUACAUGCAGUAAACCCUACCUUCAGGACCUUAUAAAGGAGACAACACUACCAGCAUUUUCCUGUCUAAUGGCACCCAUGUUUACUGUAGAGGACAUGAUCUCGGUGAAUUUCUCUGACAACUGUGUUGACACCUACCUGCGUCCGUCCAAGCCAUCCAAACAUGGCAUGUCAAAGGUGAAGCCGAUCCUAGACCAUUGGCUGGAGGUUGUUGUGCCUUGUGCAGCCUUCCUUGUUAUCGUUACUGUUAUCGUCAUUGUACUCAUGGCCUGCAGCAGUAAAUACCCUCAUCGCAGGAAGCGAUAUGUUUUAAAGUCAGAGAUUCCAACCUACCUUGAGGAUAGGAAACCAAUUAUCUUCCCAGACGAGACUCGACAAAAGGACAGCUCGCUUGAACCACGGCCACCAAUAUUAAUACCUGGCAACGGUGAGUAUGAACCAUCUCCAUGGCAACAAGAGGAAGAAGAAAAUGGAAGCCUGCCCUUGUUGAGAGGUACACCUGACCGGAGUGCCCCAACACCACCAGAAUAUCUCCUCAAUGACAUUGGGGUACCCCCUCCCUACAGACUACCCCCUCCCUAUCACUCCACCCACCCCACUUGGUGAGAGGUCACCCCUCUCCUGUGGGUAGGGAAAAUCUAGUCUCUAUGAUUAAAAAGAACACUGAAUUUGAAGUUUGCAUUGAAUGCUGCACAUUAUUUGUGGCGCUUUGAAUAUUUUGAGUUUAGACACACUUCAUCCAUUUAUACAGAUGUGUGUAGUUGCUGCCAGUAAGUACAUUUCUGUUGCUUACUGUUGAAUAGUAUACAUGUAGGUACCCUUUUGACCAUAAGAUAUUUUUGGAAACAUGUUUUAAAUAUCACAAAACACUUGUAUUAAUCAUUUUUGACCCUUUACUAUUAUAUGCAUAAUUUAUUUGUAAAGUAAUUACAAAUUUGUCAUUUUCAUUUGAUUCAGUUCUAGAUAAAUAUCAGUUUGUUUCAGUUAUUACCACCUUCUAAAUGUGCAUCACUACCCAUUCAUCUGGAAAAGAGGUUCACAGAAUUUUAUUUACAUUGUCACUGCAUAACAACCAAAGAUACUGUCAAAACGAUGUGGUUUUUUUUUACAUUUUGACUGUAAACUAUUAGUGAUAUCGAAAUGUUCACAGUUGUGAUCCUGCUGCAGUUAACGUAGCAUGUCAUUAUUAACCACAAGUAUAGUCAUCUUCACAGAUCAAACAUUUCCCCUUUUACAAUAUUACAUCGAUAUCAAAUCAUAAAUUAAGGUAAAACAACCUGAAGUGAAUCACUGACUAUAAGUUAUUUUCUGGGAAGUGAUUUAUUAGGCUUUAUACAAUAUAUAUAACUUAUGUAUAUACAUGAACCUGAAUUCACAGCUAUACGUUUUACAUUUAUUGCCCUUGUUGUAGGGAAACACAAUUGUUAGUUUCCCAGAAAUGAAUCCUGUUACACAAGUGCAAGAUUUUAUCGUGAUUUUUUCUUACUAGUCAUUAGUAUUUGUGGUACAUAUUUAUACAUUGAGGGAAUAUUUUAAGUUUAACUUUACUUGGGGCUUGUUUCAUUUCACUGGAUAAAACUUUUUUUGUGUCAAUUUGAAGAACUCAUGUGUUGUAUUUGUAUAUGUAACAAAUGUAUCAUCUUCUGUUUCUAAACUUUAUCAAGUUGAAUAUGUGUGUAAGAUUGCUUGUCAACACAUUAAACUGACCUUCAGUCACAAUGGUUCAGAAUAAUAAAAGCCCCUGUUGUAGACCUGUACCAGCCUAUUUGAGCUGACCAUGGCCGUUUUCGUUUAAACAGUUAAACCAGUCAGACCACAGUUGUUCAUUUAUUAAAUUAUGUUGCACCUAGUAAUUUGAUGCUUCUUUCAGGCGAGCCUUGACAAAGCCUUGCAAGGCCUGCAUAAACAUUUGCAGGUCCGUCAGGAUUUAUACCCAAAAAAUGUUACAUUUAAAAGCUAACACACAUUCGCGUUACAGGUUGAAACGGUUAAACCGGUUGAACCUGUAAAGAAAACGACAUUUACAGAUCUGGACUGAGGCUGACCUUCCGGAAAAUUUGGAACGUGUAGAUUGAGGGGUCCAGACGUGCCUAACCGAAACUAAAAUGCUGACUAUUGCCAAUUUGCGUUAUUUCUUUCUAAAUCAAUGUCAAGUCACAUGUAGUUUUUAAGUUACGUUAUAUAAUUCAGUGGACGGAUGAAAGAAGGUCAUAAUAUUCUUGAAACACUGUUUUUUAUUCUCCGAAACUGUGGAUUUUUAGCUCUCCUUAUAGAACGGUCCAAG